AUGUCAGCUUUCCUAAUAAUAAUUAAACGCUUUAGCUUAUGUCUAGCUCUGGCAUCUACCGUCGUCUCAAUCUCUACCGGGUCGUCCAAUUACUCUGACGAGGCCAGUUUUGUACAGUUUGAUAAUGUUGGUUACGAUGGAAGAUACUUUCACGUUAGUAAAGUGGAAGCUCUAAAUGAUGAUAACUGUUCAUGCUUACAAGAUUUGGAUAAUGCUGUCUCUAUUGAUAGCGUAAAUGCUCCAUAUAAUGAAGAACUUUCUGUUCAUCUUAGAGGUCCAAUGAAUCUCCGGAAAUUUGCCUGGUACGUUGCAGAUGAUUAUACUUAUGGUUCCACCAGUGGUAGCUGGACCAGAGGUGCAUACUAUGACUCGGAAGAGGGUACGGCUGACAACGUUACAUUUUUGGGUAAUGUUGGGGAUGACAAUCUCUGUUUGGGUCGUGCGUUGAACUAUGUCACUUCCAACGGUACUGCUCUUGCAUCGGAUUCUACCGUGUUGGAUAACAUCACCGUUGCUUCUGCUCAUGAAUACGCCAUUUAUUCUAGUAAGAAAUGUUCGGAUUCUUCUUCCUCGAGCGGUGACUGUGGUGUGUAUAGAGAAGGCAUCGAUGCCUAUCACGGAUUUUACGGAACUGUCAAGGCAUUUUUAUUUGAGUUCUACUCCCCCACUGACAAUAGUGAGGAGGAUCUUGUUAACAAAACAUCGAGUUAUGAUAUGCCUGCUAUCUGGUUAUUGAAUGCUGAGAUCCCAAGAACUGCUCAGUAUCCUACCAACGGUAAUUGUUCAUCCUGGAAUACAGGAGCCGGUGAGUUUGAUAUUUUUGAAGUGAUGAAUGUUACCGAGAGAAACCAUUUCUACUCAACCAUUCAUGACUUUCAGGGUAUCGAUGAUCUCGGCACAGGUAUUCAGAUGUUUGCCUACCUAGACAGAACUCCAAAUUCUGUAAUGAAAGGAGGAAUUGUUUUUGGAGGCGAUGGAACUGCCACAGUUUUCCUUUCCAAUAGUACAACGUUCGAUGAUACUCUAGAGAAUUCCGACUUGAACAGUUGGAUUUCUUCUUUGAAGAAUGAGGAAGGUGGAGAAGUGUCAGAGUCAUUGGCUGACAUUACUCUCGGCGCUGAAAUUACAACUACAGCAUCCUCCGCCAUUUCAGGUGCAUCUUCGGCCACAGGAUCCAAGGGAGACGCCGUUAGACAGACAGGUGGUUCCAUAAUGGCAUCUAUUUUCGCUAUGGGUGCUCUUCUAUUAUAG